AUGGAUAUGGAGAUGGAGUCUCAAAACUUGGAGCACAUACAUCCAUUGGUGUUCAAUGAAGAGCAGAGCAAUGAAACGAAAAAAGCUAAAUGCUCAAGGUGUGGAGAGGUGGUGUCCGAUCCAAGUUUCAGUUGUGGGGAGUGUGAAUUUUCUCUCCACAAGAAAUGCGCCGAGGCACCUUCAAAGAUUGAUCAUCCUUAUCAUCACCAUCACCCUCUUGUUCUUUUACCAGAAUCACCAUACGUUGGAAGCUGUUAUUGUGAUUUCUGCUAUAAAAAAUGUGACUUCUUUGUUUAUCACUGUUCUUGUGGAUUAGACUUCCAUAUCAAAUGUGCUUUAUUUACCCUCAGCAUUGCUGAACAAAAGCUUCAAGAGCUUAACCACAUAGCCACGAAAGAUCCAUCCGUCUUCCUAGAAGAAGGUAACAAAGAACUUGAAAAUGCUAAGUGUUUUGGGUGUUGGUUACCGUUAGGAGAGUCUAGAUACUUUUCUGUUGCUUGUGGGUUCAACCUGCACAUUAAAUGUGCUGAACUACCUCAUGAAAUCAACCAUCCAUUUCACAAAGAACAUCCUCUUGUUCUGCAGUUCAACAUUAAACGUUUCUCUUGCAAAAUAUGUGGAGAAACUCGGCCUAGGGGAUUUCUUUAUUGUUGUUCAGCUUGCUCGUUUGCCCUUCACAUUAAAUGUGCCCAGCAACCUACUAAAAUCAAUCAUCUCUCCCAUCGUAGACAUCCUCUUGUUCUACAAUUGAACAGUGGAAAUCUUCUUAGCAAGACAUGUCAAGAAACCCAACAUGAAAAGUUUGUCUAUUGUUGUUCAACUUGCAACUUUUCUCUUCAUACUGAGUGUGCAUUCCUACCACCUAUUGUGAAAGAUAAAAAUCACCAACACCCAUUCACUUUGUUUCAGGGACAACCUUCGUUCGUUUGUAAUGCAUGUGGUCUCGAGGGAAAUUAUAUUGCCUACAUAUGUUCUACAUGCAACCUUAUGAUCCAUACAAAAUGUAUUUCAAUACCACUUAUCAUCGGAGUCAGACGACAUUACCAUCCUAUAUACCACAACUAUUUCAUUUCAGAAAACGAGUCAAAAAUUCGGGAUUGUAGCUUUUGUGAUGUUGAAGUGAACAUAGAUUAUGGGAGUUACUAUUGCUUACGCUGCAAUUUCAUUGCCCAUGUGAAAUGUGCAACAAAAUACAGAGAUCGUUACUAUAUAAUUGAAGCAAAGGACAUAGCUGGGAAUCAUGAUGAUGAUUUGGGUGUUAAUCCCAUCACUUGUGUCAUCGAACAAAAUGAAAGUGGAGAAAUGACAAGAAUAAAACACUUCAGUCAUGCACAUGACCUAAUAUUAAGUGACAAUGUCGUGGAGAAUGAUAUAACUUGUGAUGGUUGCAUGUUGCUAAUUUUGGAUUCAUUUUACUGUUGUACAUUACAGUGUAAUUUCUUUCUUCACAAAGUUUGUGCUAAAUCACCGAGGAAGAAACACCUGUGGUUUCAUGGCUGUCAAGAACUCCACAUCCUUGUCGUCGGCUACCUAUUCAAAUGUAGUAUUUGCGAAUAUGAUUGUGGCGGGUUUUCCUAUAAAUGUAAUAAAUUUAAUGUUCAUAUUUGUCUUCAAUGCUCGGUUAUUGAUUAUAGGACCAAACAUCCAGGACACCAGCACCCUAUCCUUUAUAAUCGUAAUCAGCAUGGAAGGUGUAAUGGUUGUGGUGAAACUUGGAGAAGUCAAUUUAGUUGUAAGCAUUGCGAUUUUAAUUUGGAUUUUGAUUGCUCAAGGCUACCACUUACAACUCGACACAAGCGCCAUGAACAUCCACUAGCACUCGCUUAUCAUGAAGGUAAUGAUUAUCCAAAAUAUCAUUACUGUGACCUCUGUGAGAAAGAAAGAGAUCCAAAUCUCUGGUUUUAUCAUUGUGCAAUUUGCGAGUUUUCUGCUCAUCCCAACUGUGUUCUUGCAAUCUACAUUGAUAAAGGGUGA